CAAGUCUCAAAUUUUGGAACCGGCGGUUCUUGAACCGUGAUGACCACUACAGUCUCAAAUUUAAAGAGCACAGGUUCAGAGCUUUCUUUGACAAGGCAGAAUCGUAAUUUCCUGAGCAUAAUCCGAGAUUAAGUGAGGGAUGAGAGAGACGGAGGGUUUUAAUUCGAGCUUUGAGAGAUUGAUGGUAUUUGGCGUUGCUGAGAGUGGUGGUGUGAGGAUAACAGAGUGGAAGGAUAUUCCAGUGGAGCUUUUGCUGAGGAUUUUGUCACUGGUGGAUGAUCAAUCGGUGAUUGUGGCUUCUGGGGUUUGUCAUGGAUGGAGGGAUGCAAUUUCUUGGGGCCUCACCCAUCUCUCUCUCUCUUGCUGCAAGAAGAGCAUGAACAGUCUGGUACUAUCACUCGCCCCUAAGUUCACGAAGCUGCAGGCUCUUGUCUUGAGGCAGGACGCGCCACAGCUCCAGGACGAUGCUGUUGAAGCUAUCGCAGCUCACUGUCAAGAGCUUCAAGAGUUGGAUCUCAGUAAGAGCUUCAGACUUACUGAUCGCUCCCUGUAUGCGUUGGCGCGUGGCUGCCCUGAGCUCGUGAAGCUGAAUAUUAGCGGCUGUUCAGCCUUCAGCGACACUGCUCUCGGAUAUCUGACCGGGUGUUGCAGGAAACUGAAGACCUUAAAUCUUUGUGGUUGUGUUAGGACCGCAACAGAUAGGGCAUUGAAGGCGAUCGGGUUCAACUGCCACCAAAUGCAGUCGCUGAAUCUUGGAUGGUGCGACCGGGUCAGUGAUGAAGGUGUCAAAAGUUUGGCCUAUGGUUGUCCUAAUCUUCGAGCUCUGGACUUGUGUGGUUGCCUUCGUAUCACAGACGAGAGUGUCGUUGCGUUGGCAAACAACUGCCUCCAGCUGAGGUCGCUCGGGCUGUAUUACUGCCAGAAUAUUACAGACAGGGCGAUGUACUCUCUAGCACAGAGCCGGGUGAGGAACAAGCGCGGCGUUUGGGCGUCUGUGAAGGGCAGGUACGAGGAGGAAGGGCUUACGAACCUCAACAUCAGCCAGUGCACGGCCCUCACACCCCCAGCCGUACAGGAUCUAUGCGACUCAUUCCCUGCACUCCACACUUGCGCUGGUCGACAUUCACUCAUAAUCAGCGGUUGCCUCAACUUAACGUCCGUCCACUGCGCGUGCACCCUCCAGGGGCACCGCGGCCCACACGCUCUGCCUCAUCUUGCACAUUGAGUCUGUUGUAUGUAAACUAUAGUCUACUUUGGAUCAUUACAUUUCUGCGUACAUAUAUUGGUCUAUGUUCUCAACACUUGUAUCAUAAAAUUAAUAAUAUUUGACUUAAUUAA